CAAGUACAGUCGAAUCAAUCAAAUCAUUUAACAGUUUCUAGCUAUUAACUUCACAUGAAGUUGACUGCACCUGAAUUUCUACCUAAAGCGAUGAUACUGAUAUAAAACACAAUUAAUUCAUUAGAAUAAGUUUCUACCUAGCUUGUAACGUUGUGUGUGGAAGUUCCGUUUCCAAUUGCAUAGCAUGGAUAUGAACGCUUUUCCUUGUUCUUGGGGAAUCGAUAGCUACUAUUUAGGGAGAUACUAGAAAGCAAUAAUCCUCUAUAUCAUCCCCUAUCUGCCAAAUUCUUCUUCAAAACAUGAAUCACAUGCUUUGCUUCAAAAGAAUUUGCAGUAAAACCACCACCAAUAAUAAUAACGGCGGUGGUUCUACAGGUUCCUUAUCGGUGAACCUCGAUUCACGUGACAUCCAUGAACGUCUUCAUGUUGAAGAUGAUCCCCUUGAAGCAUCUUCUACUGCAACUCCUCUUCGUCGUCUUCGUCUUCGUUCUCGUUUCCGUACUUGUGCUCGUACUCCGACCACUAAACUCGCCACCAAGGGUGUCACCACCGCACCAACCUCACCUUCCAAUUCAUAUUACACCUGCAGUCCUUACUACAGAGGCUUCACUGAUUUAUUUGCCUCACCUGUGCCGUCGUCAUCAUCACUAGUAGUUCUGACAGAUUCUGACAGGACUACUGCUGAUGAUGACAAGAAGGACGAGAAGGACGAGGAGGAAGAGGAAGAGAAUAAUGAUUAUGAUGAUAUGAGCGAAAGCACAUCGGAAACUUCCGAUGACGAGACAGAAACAGAUACAGAGGAGAGUAACAAAGAGAAAACAAGUUUUGAGGAGAUAACAAAGUUCUUACUAUCUUCUUCAAAGGUUAGCAGAAGAGGAGCGAAAUCCGAGUUAAAUUGGUGGCCACCUAGUCCAGGCUGGGUGAAACUCAACGUAGAUGGUAGCGUCGUCGAAACCAAUGCCAUGAGUGGCUGUGGAGGAUUGCUUAGAUCUGAAACAGGUCAAUGGCUGCUAGGGUUUUCAAUUCGCAGUGAUUCCACCAAUGUUCUUGAAGUGGAGCUUGGUGCCUUGAGAAUGGGACUUGUUCUUGCUUGGGACCAGGGGCAUCGAAAUCUAUGCUGCGAAACGGGUUGUGUUCGAGCGCGUUGUCUCUUUCAGUGUUCUGAGUCUGAUGAUGGUAUGGUGAUGAGGUCUGGUGAAGUGGAUCUUCUUGUAAAGGAGAUUCGGAGGCUGCUUCGACGUCCGUGGAACGUUCAGCUUCGCCAUGUUUUCCGGUCGGCGAAUAUGGCUGCCGGUUACUUGGCCAAGCUUGCUUCCAAGAGUGCGAAUGAUCUUCAGGUGUGGUCUUCUCCUCCUCCUGGAAUUGAGACUCUCUUGCAGGGUGAUAUUGCUCCCCAUGUCUAG